AUGUCCCGCUCCUCACAGACUGACCUCGUAAUAAACCGCGACAACAUGCCCUCCCCACCGUCGAGACGCAGCGAGACUCGAUCGGCGAGCCGGGAACGGGAUUGGCGCGGUUGGAUUCGUUUGGUCAAGCCGACGCCAAACGACUCCUUUGGCAUUGGUCUCUCAGAGGGUCUCUCCUCGAGGGGCAUCUAUGUGAGCGCUAUUCGACCCAACUCGAUUGCUGACCUCUCCGGACUGCUUCACCUGUACGACCGCAUUAUCAAGGUAAGCAGUACAUACGGGCAAGUGACUAUUAAACCCCAAAUUGACCAAACUAGCUCUUUUGUACUGCAUACGGCAGCAGCACUGCAGUUCACAUCGCUACUAAAUCAAGCACAGUUAAUCGUAUGUCAAGGUAUAACACUCUGGCUGGAAAGCCUGUUUCGCUUUUCAACGGCCCAUCAAGUAAGUCUACUUUAA